GCGCUGUCUGCGGGAGCGGCUCUUGCUGAAGCCGCUGUGUUCACCGUAAAACUGCUGCGGGAAAGACGGGCAGAGGUGGGAGCUGCCUGGGAAUCAGGGAGAUUAGCUGAGGGGAAAAUACAACCGAAUACACCGAUCGAUACCAGGUUUUGCCAGAGACAGACAGCACAUCAAAGCCGAGCCGGUUCAUCGAUGGUUGGGAAGGGCUAGCCACCACUGACCGACAAAGAGCAACAGACACCCCGAGCACAAAGGAACAAUGAGCAUGCUUAAACCGAGCGGGCUGAAAGCUCCCAGCAAGAUCAGUAAAGCAGCAGCCACUGCAACCAAAACCAGCACAGCCACUGCUCCAGCGAAACAAGCCUCCGUAGACAAGAUCUCCUCAAGCCCAGCGUCGGCCUCUCAGGAGGACUUUGUGGAUGAUUUUCACAUCGGCGAGCGAGUCUGGGUCAAUGGAAAUAAACCCGGAUUCAUUCAGUUCCUGGGGGAGACUCAAUUCGCCCCUGGCCAGUGGGCAGGAAUCGUUUUAGAUGAAUCAAUAGGGAAAAACGAUGGCUCAGUGGGCGGGGUGCGAUACUUUCAGUGCGAAGCCCAGCGAGGCAUAUUUACCCGGCCGUCCAAGCUGUCCCGGAAUCCCCUGGAGGAUGGCGAGGCCAAUGGCACACAGACAGCCCCCCAGUCUAGAAGCACAUCUCCCACACGCGACCCUGCCAAUGUGUCCUUGCCGCCACCAGCAUCUUCCACCUCCGCUGCUCAAAAGACAUCAACCACUCCCGUCACGCCCACCACCCCAGUGACCAACCUGGCAAGGACUGCCAGCGAGUCCAUAUCAAACCUGUCUGAGGCUGGCUCCGUAAAGAAAGGGGAACGGGAGUUGAAAUUUGGGGAUCGCGUCCUGCUGCUGUCGGGCUGCACGAAUGCUGGCAUGCAGCAAGGAAACAGUGUCAAGGGCUACAGCCCCUGUGAUGACAUCACAAUUCCUGCCCUGCGUGCUUCUUCCUACCCUUACUAA